AAGGCAUGGAAACUCUAUGCAUUCUUGGGAAGUGGUUCGGUAAGAAAAAGAAGGCGAUGAGUAGUAAUAUAGCAAAAAGAUGGAAACCUCUAAGCGGCCAGAAUCAUUGGGGAGAGCUUUUGGACCCUUUGGAUAUUGAUCUUCGCCGUUGUAUUAUUCACUAUGGAGAAAUGGCUCAGGCUACCUAUGACGCCUUCAACACCGAGAAGGCAUCCAAGUUUGCUGGAAGCAGCCUUUAUGGCAAGAAAGAUUUCUUCUCUAAAGUGAGUUUGGAGAAAGGCAAUCCUUACAGGUAUCAAGUGACAAAAUUCUUGUACGCGACAUCGCAAACCCAAGUUCCGGAAGCAUUCAUCUUGAAGUCAUUGUCGAGGGAAGCAUGGAGCAAAGAAUCGAACUGGAUAGGAUAUGUUGCUGUGGCCACGGACGAAGGGAAAGAUGUUUUGGGGAGGAGGGAUAUUGUGAUUGCUUGGAGAGGAACAGUGCAGACCCUGGAAUGGAUCAAUGAUCUUGAAUUCAACUUGGUUUCGCCAGAGAAAAUUUUUGGUCAUGAGCGUAGAGAUAUCAAGGUGCAUGAGGGCUGGUACUCCAUCUACACCUCGGAAGACUCACGUUCGCCCUAUAACAAAAGCAGUGCCAGAGACCAGGUUCUUAAUGAGGUUAGGAGACUAAUGGACCAAUUUAAGGACGAGGAAAUAAGCAUCACAGUGACCGGCCACAGCUUAGGUGCAGCGCUUGCAACUCUGAAUGCCAUCGACAUAGUCGCCAAUGGAUAUAACAGGCCCAAAAGCCAGUCGCGCAAGGCCUCUCCUGUUACAGCUUUUCUAUUUGCCAGUCCUCGAGUUGGCGACUCAGACUUCAAGAAGGCGUUUACAGGAUUCAAAGACCUUCGAGCCUUACGCGUCCAGAACGCCUUAGAUGUAGUCCCCAACUAUCCUUUGAUAGGUUAUUCGGAUGUAGGAGAAGAGUUGGCUAUUGAUAACCGUAAGUCCAAGUACUUGAAUAGUCCUGGAAACUUGUCAAGUUGGCAUAAUUUGGAAGGUUAUUUACAUGGGGUGGCUGGAACACAAGGGAGUAAAGGAGGGUUUGCUUUGGUGGUUGAUCGUGAUAUAGCCCUGGUAAACAAAUCAAUCGAUGGAUUAAAGGAUGAAUAUUUGGUGCCAGUGUCAUGGAAGAUUGAAAAGAACAAAGGUAUGGUUCAGCAGGAAGAUGGUUCUUGGAAGUUGAUGGAUCAUGAAGGUCAAGAUGAUGUUGAUCCAUGAUUGGCGUGCCUUGGUUUGAUAAUUAAGCUGUGCAACAUAAUUUAUAGCAUUAGGUAAUAAUCAAUGUAAUAGGAAUAAGGAAGUCAAUUGGUGUUUUAAGUGGGAAACAGGGAAUGAAUUUUUCUUUGUGAUUAUUUCUUUUUCUUUUCUUUUUUUUUUGUUGAAGUGUGUGAUUAGUUCUUUUUGUAACGUGCAUUACAUAUAUAAUGACAUAACUCUAUUUGUUACUCA